ACAUACUAUAAUAGUCUCUAAGAAAUCUAUUAUCCUACUUUAAUCAAUCCGAUUACUGAGCCCAAGGUCACGUAAUCACGUGUCUCUCUGGUCUGUGACACCAAGCUGCUCUCUUAAUUUGCCCUCCUCCAUCAAAACAAAAGCUGAGAUCGCCGUCUUUGCUUUAUUUGUCCAGAUUUAUGUAGCAAAAAUGCAUUAUCUUGCUCGCAUUCCUCAUCGACCGAUAUUUGGUUUUCUCACCAAAGAUUAUCUUCCGAGAUCUAGAAAGAGACUACUCUGCUUCAAUUACAGCAUCCGCCAUAAUCUGUCACGGGCAGUAUCCACGAAUUCAACAUCACCUUAUGAGCACUUCUUCCGCUACACAAGUGGUCGCUGGCUAUGGGGUGAAGAGAGCCAGCAACGUGAGCGAUUCCUAGUUUUCAAUGUGCAAGAGCUCAAGCGCAUUGCAGCCGAAAGCGUUGAGGCGCAAUCCUGUGUGUCCAUAACCAAAUUCGCGGAAGGCGGCUACAACAAGGUGUUUCGCCUAGUCAUGGACAAUGGUUCUGCUGUGAUUGCACGUAUUCCAAAUCCAAACGCUGGCCCUGCCUAUAAGACGACUGCUUCUGAAGUUGCAACUAUGGAUUUUGUGAGCUUUCUCUAUUGAUAUUACAAAGGGAUAUUGACUAACACCGUAUUUUAUCUAGGCUAGAGUAGUACUCAACAUCCCCGUUCCAAAGGUUUUUGCUUGGAGCGCAUCAGCAAACAAUCCUGUAGAAGCUGAGUAUAUUAUAAUGGAGGAGGCACCAGGAACAAAGCUAGAGGACGUCUGGGCAGGCAAAACAAUUUCUGAGAAAACGAAGAUUGUUAAGGGCUUGGUAGAAAUUGAGAAGAAGCUCCUCUCAGUGUCUUUCACAAAGUAUGUAUUCCGUGGGGAAAAUGGUAUCAAAAAAUGGCACUAAUCUUUGACUAGGUAUGGCAAUAUUUACUUCGCAAACGAUUCUUUCCCCGGAUGUGAAGCAGCUGAGAUUGUUGGUGAUGUUCCUACAGAAUUAAAAAGAGCUGUGGCAGAGCGUUUUGUCAUCGGACCAGUUGUUGAUAGGGAUUUUUGGGACAGAAGACGUGCGUCGAUGGACAUUGACCGAGGUCCUUGUAAAUUCAAUCCUUUUGCACUUAAAUAUGAGUACAUUUUCUAAUGCCAAUAUUUAGGGAAAACCCCACAGGAUUACCUGAAAGCGAUAGCUAAUCGGGAGAUAGCUUGGAUAAGUAGCUUUGUUGUUCCAAAAGCGCCAGAAGAUGUGUUUAUAGCAUCUAAAGCUCAGAAUUCGCCCACUUCUCACAUCUCAAUCUACAAAAUGUUCUUAAGUACUAUACCAUACCUCUUUCCCGAAAAGAAAAGGCUUUCCUGCUCUACUCUUUGGCAUUGGGAUAUCCAUUCCGCAAAUCUCUUUGUAGAAGGCAAUCGAAUUACUAGUCUCAUCGACUGGCAGGAUACAUGGGCUGGCCCUUUAUUCCUACUAUUCCAGCAUCCAAAACUCGUGGAUUAUAAUGGCGAGGUGCUACUAAAACUCCCAGAGGAUUAUGAAAGCCUCGAAGAGGGCGAUGAAAAAGCUAGCAUGAGAAAGCAAGUUGAAAAGUCUGUUAUCCUGCACACUUACGAAACGGAAACCGAUAAAAAUAAUCCAUUGCUCAGCGAGAUUCUCCGCAUGCAUCAUGCCCGAACAAGGAGAGAAACAUUACAGUUUGCCUCGAAAACUUGGGAUGGGGAUAUUGUACCUCUUCGGCAAUGUCUUAUUCGGAUCGAACGGUUGGUCUCCCCUUCGUUCUAUUAUGUUUUGAAUUAUUAACAUGCAAAAUGUACAGGCAUUGGGACGAAUUAGGCUUCGAUACUCCUUGUCCAAUACACUUCACAGAAGAGGAACUGGAGGCUCACUGUAGAGACGGUGAGGAUUGGAACGGCCGAGAAGAUUUUUGGGAUUCAUUAGCUGGGCUCGUUAGUCGUGAUGGAUGGACUUCCCAUGAGACAUAUGACCAGGCACUUGAGAUUUUCGCUGAGCUCAGGGAGGCAGGAUUGAAGAACUUUACUGGAAAGGAGCGCGCAGAUUUUGAGGCGCAGACCAGAUGGGCUGAAAGAAAGGUCAAUUCAAAUUGUUAGGAUAAGAAGGUUUUAAAAAUGAAUACUUUCGCGCUUUUGCACAGAUGCCAAGGCUUUUGGGCUACUUUUUCUGCAUGCUGAAGCUUGGCUCCAUCAGAAAACACCUCCAAUCAAAGGCUGUAUUGAUAGUGCUAUCGUUUGCCGGUACUUAACCUUCUCCUCGCCGAGAACCGCGAAAUACGCGAGCAUUCUCGAUCGCUUAGGUACGCUAUUCGAUGUCUCUAUGC